GAGACCAAGAGCACAUUUUAUCACAAAUGUUCUUAAAGUUUAUUAAGUUAUGAUCGGGCAUGGCAAAGUCAUUACUGUAUAUCCAAACAGUCUUACAUAAGAGUGUUUAGAUGUCAAGAGGAAAAACACACAAGGGUGACAGCUAAAGUCGAGCCAUCUCCGAAUGUUGGGCUCAGAGCCUGCGUGUUGUCAUCUACUUACACUAAUGACGAUGCUAAACUUCUGUCAGACUUAGUUUUCAUUAUUGUUCACAGUCCUAGUUGCUCCAAAAUGAAGACAAACACUGACAAAUAAGUGCAUUAUGGAUGGAUUAUCCCCGGCCACACGGCAGAAAGCGUACGAGCUGCACAACUCUGACUCUAAAAUGCACAUUUAGACUCAGAAAUAUGUGAAUCCCCAGUGCAGCGCAAUCUGAGGAUUAAACAGGCAAAGAUUAAUGUCAUUUCCCUGUGUUGCCUCCAUGAUGGGCCAAUUUGUACUGAAAUCCAUUUGAAAACAGCAGGAUUCGCCGCCUAACACGAGGCACAGUUCGGCGGUUUUGAUGGUUAUUAUCAACCGUGUAAUUACACCCAUAAAUUUCCAGAAUCCUCCUGGUAAAACAUGUAUUAUUAUUUGCUGACACGAUUCUUGGUGGAACCGCAAGAUCCACGAGAAGCGUGUGCCUCAUGUAGAAAAUAUGAGAGCAUGCUGAACUGCUUAACACGGACUGCAGUCACUCCAGACAAAAUCUCACUUGUAAAUCUAAUGACCACAUUUGCUGAUAUUCAUUCAUGUGCAGUAUUUUUCAUAUCAUGGGCUGCUACUGCUGCUGCUGCUCCUCUGCAAGCUUUUCCUCGCAGAGCUCCUCAGAGAAAUGAUUGGACGGCGGGACGGCCAAUAGGCGGUGGAGCAGCAGGUUAUUUGAACUCUCCUCACACAGCUCAGCUAAAGCAGACAACAUCAUCUGACUUUUCAAACAUUAUUCCCUCAUAAGAGUCUGUCAUCAUCUGUUCCCGAGGCCAUCAAAAGAAGAACAACGGACAUUUUUUAACCCUUUUUUUAAACCCGUCAAGAAUGGAAAUCUACCAUUUCUGCGCACAUCUGGGAGUCUACUGAUGCACCUGUUGAUUGAGGAAAACUCUCAGAAGAAUGAACAAAGUUGCUGUGAUGAAGUCUGAUACUGUGCUUCAUUUGGACGACAGCAGGAGAGCAGAGGAGAGGAACAGACUGAACUGUGGAGACUUUCCUCAGACGAGUUUAACAGACGGACAGAACACAGAUCUGCUGCGAUGCCAAGAGACCACUGAAGGCAACUCUGCCAUAAAGUACAGAAGAUAUGGGUCUCGUCUGAGUGGAGUCAAAGUUCGCCACAAGAGACAGGUGCUGCAGGACAUGGCUCGCCCGCUGAAACAUUGGCUGUACAAACACCGAGACAACCCCUACCCCACCAAGACCGAGAAGGUCCUGCUGGCUCUGGGCUCACAUAUGACACUAGUACAGGUUUCCAACUGGUUUGCAAACGCUCGUCGAAGACUGAAGAACACAGUGAGGCAACCGGACCUGAGCUGGGCCCUGAGGAUCAAACUGUACAAUAAAUACAUCCAGGGAAACGCUGAGAGGCUGAGCGUGUGCAGUGAUGACACCGACUCAGACGAUGAGGAGUGUCCCUCGCAGACUCCUAUCAGCCAGUCAAACUUUGGCAGGUCGUCUUCCCACAAGAACGUUCUCCAGAAACAGGGCAGCGUCCUCGCCAUGGCCGACUCCGCCAACAGUGACGACAGCACGUCACCUCCGUCCAAGUACAAGAGCAGCUUGCUGAACCGUUAUCUGAACGACACCCUGCGACACAUGAUGGCGACGAAGGCCGAAGGCGUCGCCUCGGCCCGAAAGAGGAGGAGCCACUCCGAGUCUUUUAGCUCCAACGACUGCGAUCGAGAUGUCGUCUCUCCAGCAUCGUCCUAUGAAACAGAGGCCAACUUUGUCUACCACAUGGACGCAGUGGACUAUGCUUCAACUAAAUGUGACAGGGACCAGCAGCGGGACCGAGGCCCGCAGAGACGAGGCGACCAGAGCUGGAGGGAGAUCCAUGCCGCCGUGGCUCUGACCAGCUUGGCCCAGGGGCAGAGCAGCUCCUCGGGGCCCAACACCGCCACGGUGCUGCAGAGCUGCAGCCGGGAGCCCUUCUCCGUUAGCAGGACCGCUAUCACGGACAGGAUGUGUGUCACGGGACCCUCGUCGGGCUUCCGGCAGAGCUGCACUACGGGGCCCACCCUCACAAGCCGCAUCAUCCAGAAAUCCUCUCACAUCUCUGAGGUCCAGACUGUCAAAGUCGCCCUAGCAAACAGCGUGUAGGCUUCAAACACGCCACCAGACGCCUAAGUGCCUUGCAAAUAUAUGUACAGCCUCUGAGUCCGUUGAUUUUUUAUUUCUGACAAGCCCUUUUAAUCAUUUUUUCCAUUGUAAAAUAGAAACACUAACCUAAUGCAGUUUUGUCCACUGUUUUUGCUCUGUUCUUAAUGUCUUCCUAUUGCUCUCUGUUGCAGUAAGUUAUAUUAACUUCCAGGAGACUGGAUCAUCAUCCAAUGCUAAAGUUUGACAGCAGCUAUUUGAAUAAACCCAAUGUGAAACCUUCUG